GGCUCGAUGGAUUCAUGCCUGAUGAUCUGGAGUAUGAGACCUCAGAUGAGAGCCUAUCGCUUUGUGGGCCACAAGGAUGCAGUGAUGUGCGUUCAGUUUUCACCUUCUGGUCACCUGGUGGCUUCAGGCUCUAGAGACAAAACAGUCCGUUUAUGGGUUCCCAGCAUCAAAGGGGAAUCCACUGUCUUCAAGGCUCAUACGGCGACUGUAAGAAGUGUUCAUUUCUCCAGCGAUGGCCAGUCCUUAGUUACAGCUUCCGAUGACAAAACAGUCAAAGUGUGGACGGUUCACAGGCAGAAGUUUCUCUUCUCGCUUAGUCAGCACAUAAACUGGGUUCGCUGUGCCAGAUUCUCUCCUGAUGGACGAUUGAUAGUGUCAGCCAGCGAUGAUAAAACUGUCAAACUGUGGGAUAAAACCAGCAGAGAAUGCAUACAUUCCUUCUGUGAGCAUGGGGGGUUUGUGAAUCAUGUGGAUUUUCAUCCCAGUGGCACGUGCAUUGCUGCAGCUGGUACAGAUAACACAGUGAAGGUGUGGGACGUUAGGAUGAAUAGACUUCUUCAGCAUUAUCAAGUGCACAGUGCUGUGGUAAACAGUCUUUCCUUUCACCCUUCUGGAAACUAUCUGAUUACUGCUUCCAAUGAUUCAACCCUUAAAAUUCUGGACUUGCUAGAAGGAAGACUUCUAUAUACUCUUCAUGGUCACCAGGGGCCAGCUACCUGUGUAGCAUUUUCAAGAGCUGGAGACUUAUUUGCCUCUGGAGGUUCUGAUGAACAGGUGAUGGUGUGGAAGACUAACUUUGAUGCAGCAGAUUAUGGUGAUGUACUGAAGAAGCCUGGCACUAGUGUGGAUGGGACCCAUCACGCUCUGCAAUCAGAAAUGGAUUGUGGUGUUCAUGUUAAGAAAACAAAAACUCAGGAUUCUGGGAGGAACCAUGCACGUCAAGAGGAGGAGACCAGUCUCGCAAAUACCUUGGAGCAUAUCAUGGGACAGCUGGAUGUUCUGACUCAGACAGUUUCCAUCCUGGAGCAGAGGCUGACGCUCACUGAAGACAAGCUGAAGGAAUGUCUUGAGAAUCAGCAGAAAAUAAUUCAGAAUAAAACAAGCUGA